GAGUGGGUUUUGUACUUGCCAGCUUGGACGACCCCUCCAUGACUUGCGUUUUGCGGGGCAUGAACAUCGUCUUAUCGCUCUAUUUGCAUUGGGUAUUAUGAAUUACUGCUAUGACUUGCACUUUUGACUCUCCUCGCCGCGGGCACGACAACCCUGCCUUUCGCUUUAUCUGCUGACACACCGACUCACUCGCUGUCCAAGUGCCCGGGAUUGUGCACGUGAGUCAACCGUUUCCCGCAAUCUGCAGAUUUUUCUCACUGGUCUCGAACCUAAUUACUGGUCACCAUGGUGUUGACGGUCUACGGAAUGCGGCUCUCACAGCCUUCUCGCAGUGUCAUCGUGUUCUGUAAGGUUGCUAAGAUUCCCUUCACGGAGAAAACGGUCGACUUGAUGACAGGUGAAAAUCAAACAAAAGCUUAUCUGGAGAUUAAUCCCAUGGGGGCGGUGCCGUGCAUCGUGGACGAUGGAUUCAAGCUGUCAGAGUGUAUGACGAUUUUGAAGUAUUUAGCUGGUAAAAACAAAGUAGCCGAUCACUGGUACCCGGCAGACUUGAAGGUGCGGGCCAAAGUCGACCAGUAUCUGGACUGGCAUCACACUGGUCUGCGCAAACAGGGCGUUGACGUUUUUGUCGGCAUGAUCUUUACGCCUAUGGGUGGACAGCCUAUCGAUGAAGACAAACUGGCCAAAGAUUUUGAGGCUUUCGACAAGGCCCUGGGAACUAUUGAGAAGGUGUUUCUUGGAGACAAGCAGUUCCUUGCUUCAGAUAAAAUCAGCAUUGCCGAUAUAUGCUGCUUGUCAGAGAUCAUGCAAAUCAUCCCGAUCCAGCGGACCGAUCUUUUGGCCAAGUACCCGAAGCUGGCCGCCUGGAAGGAGAGAACAAUCAAGCAGCUGAAACCUGCCUACGACGAGGUUUUUAAGCUCCUCUUCGAUUUUACAGCCCAACAGCUGAAGAAGUAAUUCAGUCAAGAAAGUACAGUAAACCUCGGAUAAGGCAGAUUCUUAGUCGGAUUUUUGCUUACCUCAGAUAAAAUCGCUUGGAACAUUUCACUUCUCAAGUGGUUCUUAAUAAAAUUCCUUGCCUAAGUCGGAUCGCGAAAGUUGGACUUUCGCUUUUGUCAGACAAAUCAACCCGGAUCAUUUAUUAAAAUACUGUGUGUUUUCCUUCUUUUAAAUCGGAUUGACCAAAAAAAGAUUUUCGUACAUUUAGUCAUUCUAGUAAACAAAGGGAUAUGGGGAAUUUUCGGUAUUUUCCUGUCCAAAUCAAUCAUUUUCGUGCUAGUUCCACUGGGUUUUCACAGCAGAGGUAUCUGCAACAGGCCUUUUAUCGUACUUUUUAAAGUUCGCGUAUCAGCCUAUAACCUUGGCUUGAGCUCCGUCUCUUGCUCCGCUCCCAUUGCUAUACAGCAUGAGUGAACUUGAUUUCCGGCUGGAAAAACGUUUAUUUGCCCACGUGAUCACAGACUGCAUCUUUACUGGAUAAGGUGGCUAGGGUAAGUACAGCUAGCUGAGCAAAGCUACCGAAGUACAUGUACAUGUACACGUACAUGGUGAUGGCCUGAGGAAAGUAUUAACUUGUACGGUACGGGUACUAGCCUGUGAUCAAGGCGCCCACGGCGAAAUGGAUAGCCAAGACCACACGACGAACUGCAUGCAAGCCCGAAAAUAACCAUGCAUGCGCUUUUUUUCCAGUGGUUUAUCUGAAUUAUUCAAUUGCUAAUGAGUUAUGAAUUAUUCAUAUUUCUCUGAACCAUUCAAUUUGUCGAUCGGAAUCCCAAGCUUCGGUGCUGCAUAUUGUAGGCAAUUCUGAAAGAGAUUGUUGUCUACUAGAGCUUACGGCUCUGCCGGAAAGGACGCGGUGUUGAAUACGCGCGCCAUUGUAAUGAUGAAUAAUUUAUUUCAUGCGCGACAGAGGCGAUCCUUUUGAUUGGUGGAGACUUAUGCAUACGCAUAUAUCGUGUCUGCUACUGAAACGGUAGCAAAUGUAAAUAAAACAUAAGCUACGUGGGGCAGAACUCCACAUGCGCGCGGGCCGUGCGUACGGUUCGUCGUGUAGUCUUUCUUCGUGCGUUGGUUUGGUGCUUAAACUAGUCUCCUCCAGCUCCUCGCUCUUGAGCGACUAAUCCAUUUCGCCGCGGGCGCCUUGAUCAAAGGCUAUACGGUAAAGACUCGUGUGGCUCAAUCAGUGAAACAUGCUGUGAGUUUCUUCUGUACAUUAUAUGAAAGGUGGAAAUGAAAUGAUGUCUGACGUUAGAAACACUGUGAUAUUACUUUAUUUCAUAUUUUUGUGGGCUGUGUGGCCGUUAUAAUGGCUGACGAUGACUGUGUAAUGAAUUUCGUCUUCUUUGACUAAGUCCGGUGAAAUCGGUCGUUCUCAUUUGAUCCGACUUAUCCGAGGUUUACUGUAUAUACACUAAUGUUCUUGCAUAAAAAUCUUUUCAUUGUUUGAACUUCUUUAUAGUAAAAUAUUAAUCUACAAUGAAGCAGUAACUACCAUAAGAAAAACACGUUUUUAUAAGAAUAAAAGCGAAUGUGUGUCAGAGCCCUGAAAACAUACACAACGAACAGACACGAUACAGACUUAUAUAUUACAUCUUUUACUGAUAUUAAGUUACCUGCAUGUACUCAAAUCUGGACUUGUAUAAUUCAGACUACGAGUUUACGUGAAAGCUGUGUGCCAAAUCAUCGCUUAACAUAUCGAUGGCUCCGGAGUCUUAGAGCAGCUCUUCAGUGCCAAAACAUGGUCACUUUAGUUUUUGUCCUUGUAGGGUAAGAUAGGCUGGAUGAAUAUAGUUUAGAAAACCUAUUUACUAACAGACAUAUUAUUGAGUGGCAGCAAAGUAAAUGGUUCUGGCUGAAGUCCAGAAAUCGAA